CAUCCAAACAUCAAUAAUUACUGGAUGUAAAUCCAGUGAUAAAAAAAAUAUUUUAUCGUAAAUAAUACGAAAACAACUCAAAUGUAUGCAUAAAAAUGUGAGGGAAUACUAGUUUAAUAACUAUUUAUAAUAAGAUAAGCAACAACGAGGCACAAUUUCAAUAUUUUUUUAAAUUCUUUUUAUCCAUCGUCAAUAUUUAACAAUCAUGACUAAAUUUCUUCUUUAUUUUCUUGUCCCCAUAUGCAUAUCAUCUGUAUAUUAUUUUUCUUUUCUUUGGAAUUUUAUGUACUUAUCCAUUCUUAGUGUUUGUCUCAUAACUUGUGUUUUUGUGCUUACACUUUGUGGUCAUCUCUCUUUGUCGUCUCCCCAUCAAACUUCCACGUUAUUGCUCGAUAAUAUAGAGAAAGAAGCUCGACAAUUGGAAACUGCAAUACGGGAUGAUCAAAAUAAUUGGGUGUAUGUCACGAAAAAGCCUCAUCUGCCGGUUAUUUUCGGUAGAACAGUUGACAGUCAACUCCAACUGCUAAUAGAUUAUUUCAUAAGGGACUUUGUAACUCAAUGGUUGAAGGAGCUCUCACACAAACCAGAACCAGUCAUUGACAAAUUCAAAGAGCACAUAUGGACGGCAGUACAGAACUUGUAUGACAGACUGUUGAAAGUUGACGCUGAGAAGCUAUUAGCCAAUGAUAUGGUCACAAAAAUCACACAACAUUUUGAACGGAUAAGGAUCGCUAGAAGCUGUGCAUUGGAACUUAAUCAACCUCCAGUAUUUGCUCUCACCCCUCACCUGAUGUCGAGCGACAUGGAAUUACACUACUUGAGGCAGAUCAGCGAGUUCCUCAUAAUGUUUCUGAUGCCCAGAUGCUACUCGCUCUCCCCCGUCAGUUAUCUCAUUAGGGAAAUAUUAGUAUGUAAAAUUCUUCAGCCAGCCAUAAAUCUAGUCACGGAGCCAGAUUACAUAAACCAGAAGAUAAUACAGUAUCUGGAGGCGCAGAAGGAGGUCGACGCGAUGCAUGUCAGAACCCACGAGUACGCCAAGACGUUCGAGGACUACAUACGGCUCAUAAACAGCUGUAAUAAUGUAGACACACUGAAGAGAUUGCGUUACGACAUAGUGACCCAAAUCAUGCAGGCCACCACUCUACAGAACGUGAAGCGGGCUAAAGGCAUCGACAUAGACGUUAUCGAGAAAGGAGGGAACCACAAUAUAAGCAGACAGCAAGUGAGCGACGCCAGGAAGCUGAAGAGAUACAUAGACCAGCUCACCAUCGCCAAGGACGAGUGCGAAAAGGCUCUGAGGAGGUUGGGGUGGGACGGAGCAUUCCCAGCAGUAGAAUCUGAUAGUAAGGCGAUGCCUCUCCACAAGGUCAUAUCGAGCGUGACAGGUCGCAAGUAUCUGUCCAUGUUCCUGGAGACGCUCUGCUCUCAAGGGCUGGUCGGUUACUGGGCGGCCGUGGACGAGCUUCGACACAGUCCGAGGAGUAACUGGCAUCAGCUCGGUGCUGAGAUCUUCUAUACUUACAUCAGAUCGCCCAGCGCUGAAGUUAAAGUUGACAAGGAAACCAGAAAGAGAAUGGAAGGGUUUCUUCUUGGGGAUAAAGGUCCGGAAGUGUUUUACGAGGUCCAAGAUAUAGUGGUCGAUACCAUACAAGAUAAAUAUUAUCAUUCGUUUCUCCUAAGCGACCAGUACAAAGCUUUGGUCGCUGAACUGGCCACCGAGGAGGCGAGCGAUCCAGGUUUAUGCUCUGAGAGGUCUCCGAUAGACGAGCGGCAGGGUUCUCGCGAGUCGUCUUCCGAAGUGAACGCCUUGACGGAACAUUCCACGUACGCCAGGCGGAAGCUGGACCAGCUGCAAGAGAGACACAACAACAAAACACAGGCGUUGGCCGCCUUGCGGGCGUCGCUGAAGCCGGAGUCGCCGGCGCUGGCGAUGCUGGCGGAGGAGGUGGAGCGGUUGGCCGCGGAGCAGAUGAGGCUGGAGGCGCACCUGGCCAGGACCGACACCUGGGCCGAGAACCUGGGCCUGUGGCGCGCCACCGUACAUAGUGCUGAGAUGGUGGAGGAGUCUCGUCCCCAGUUUGUGGUGGUGGUACACGCGCUGCAGCCCGAGGAGGAGCGCGGCCCGCGGCCCGAGCAGAGGGCGGCUGGGUGGGUGCUGCUCAGGAGCGCUCACGACUUCCAGGAGCUGCACAGGAAACUGAGACCGAUGUGUUCAGAAUUAAAAAACUUAGAACUACCCUCGAAUUCAUUCAAAUUCAUGUUCGGGAAGAACGAUAAGAACUCGCUCGAAAAAGCGAAAAUGUUGAUACAAAAAUAUUUAGAAUUUGUUUUAGAAGACGACAGACUGAACCAAAGCGAGGCUCUGUACACCUUCCUGAACCCCAGCUCCGAGUAUCUCAAGCAAUGUGAUCUGCCAAAGAAGAAUAAGUUCUCAUUCUCAACGCUAUUUAAAAGCACGAGCAGCGACACGACCAACAGAUCGUCCCAGGAGAAGGAGGGGCCGAGUCUGUCAGACGAGGACGAGAUGUCCCUGUACCUGGACGGGAACGGGGAGGUGCUGAAACAGGGCGGCACCGUGAGAGGAGUGGGGCCCCUGGUGGAGGAGCGCGACAGUAUAGCGGAGCCGCUGUACGCGCUGCUGAGCGAGGUGUUCGACAUGAGGGGCGUGUUCCGCUGGCUGAGGAGGACCCUCGUCACCUUCGUGCAGAUCACGUACGGCAGGACCAUCAACAGACAGAUCAAGGAGACGAUCUCCUGGCUGUUCUCUGAACAGAUGCUGCACUACUACACCGGCCUGGUGCUGAAGUCCUGGUGGCCGGGGGGCGUCCUCACACACAGCAACACCAACAGGAACAUACGGGACAAGGAGCACUCCCGCACGCUGGCGUUGCACCAGCUGACGGAGUUUGUGGUGGGCGGCGUGUCGUCGCUGGUGGGCGCGCACGCCGCCGCCCACGGGGCCAGCAAGCUGUUCCACACGCUGCAGCACACCACGCACAACAAACAGCUGUUUUACGAAAUCUUCGAGUUGGUCCUCUUAGAAGUGUUCCCAGAACUGAAGCGUUAUCAAUGAACGUGCUUAGAAACGUAUACAGGGACUUUACGACAAUCAUACGAGUCGUUCCGUGUUUAUUGAGAAGCUUUCAAAGUUAAAAAUAAUGAUAUCGAUAUAUUUUCCUAUAGCAUAUUGUCUGAUCGGUUGAACUCGCUCUACUAUCCGACAACACCUGGAUUGUCUAUAGCCUGUACUAACUUUAGGUAAACCGUUACGUACUCUGUAACAAUUGCGCCAAAAAAUGUAAUAACUUUAGUUUUUAUAAUGGACGUCAUCCAGUGUAACUGCGGCAGAUCUCAUUCAAACAAAUUAUAUUUAUUUACGCGUUAUCGUAUAUCUCGUGUUAAGCGGCGCGCCAAUGCUCUCUACUUUAUAAAUGUCAGAUUUAUUUUGACGUUCGCGCCAUAUUCGUACCUGACAUGUGUCACGCAUUUUUUUUUUCACACAAAAUGCACGGCACAUUAUACGAGUAUAAAUGUUCUUAAUUAAUUUCCCUAAUGACAUUAUUGUUUAAUAUAAAUUUCCAAUUAUUAUUAUAUAUUUUUUUAUUAUUUUUUAUUUAUCAAAACGGGGCCAUAUUGUAUCUUAUCGAACAUUCCCAUAAACUUUAUUUUAGCAAGUAUUGAUGUAAGGCAGUUCCGAAGGAGGCUUAUUUAAUUAAUAAUAUAUGACAAACUUAUCGCUUGUUAAUAGAAUCAUGUUUUUUUCUCAUACUGAAUCUAUUAUCCUAGUCUCAACACGAUCAUUUUAGAUAUAGACAAAAAUAUCCCUCAUAUUUUCUACCAACUGUAACUGCAACUUGUGGACUGUUCUUGUAAACCAUUUUUAUUAUCUGUAAUAUAAUUUAAGUAUUUUUUAAAUAGUAAAACAAGUAUUAUAAUAUAGUUAGGAACAUUCCAGUGUGGAAAUCUUCUUUUCGAUGGGUAUUUAAAAUACCAUUCCUUUACGAUUCUGUCUAAACGUAUAAACGACGGACAGCACUAGUAUGGCUCAUAGUUACUCAUAUUUUUGCACAAAUAUCCAAAAGCAGGACAAAAAGAUACAAUUUUUAUUUAUACGCCAAAACACGUGGGCUGAAUUUAUACGCUUAGACAAUUUUUUACGUAGUAAUUAAAAAUGUAUGUUGGCCUAAGUCGUUCAAUAAUUACUUCCUACUUAAACCGUCUCCAAAGCACAAUUAAAAUCAAGUGUAUUAUACUCUGGUCUCAUAGAACUAAUAUUAAUUACAGUAAGUAAGAUUUUACACAUGAAAUCCUCGUAGACUAGCGACUGAUACCGUCUCGCAGCUCAAUCGAUUACUGAAUGUAAGCGAUUUGACCUUUGACCUAAGAAACUUUAUAAUUUCAAGUCUACGCGGACUUUCCAUCCCGGCUACAGGCUUUUAUUUUCGACCUACCCUCCUACCCCUUACAUUGUACAAACAUAAUUUUGAAUGUCUUUGAACUAUAAAAUUGUUAUACUUGUGGCGUUGAUUAGGUUUAAUAUCUUACUGGAUAUUGUAUGUGACAUUUGGUAUUUAUUAAAAAGUGACUCUGUUUUAGAA